AUGGUUGCUAUUCAAGUUUUAUUUAAUAUUGCACUUGCUACGGUUGCUUAUGGUGCCGCCAUUCCAAAUGACAUUAGCAAGAGAGCCGACGAUGGCCAAGGAUUUGUCGCUUUGGACUUUGACGUGUUGAGAAAACCAUUGAAUUUGACAAAGGCACUUCUUCACGAAAAGAGAAAUUCCAUUUCGUUAUCUUUGAUCAACGAAGGUCCAUCUUACGCAGCUAAGGUUUCAGUUGGUUCAAACAAACAACAGCAAACAGUCAUCAUUGACACAGGUUCAAGUGAUUUUUGGGUUGUUGACUCGAACGCCCAAUGUGAGGACGACGUAGAUUGCAAAAGCUCUGGUACUUUCAAUCCUUCAUCGUCAUCCUCGUAUAAGAGCUUAGGCUCGGAAUUUGCUAUUCAAUACGGUGACGGAAGUACAUCCGAGGGAACUUGGGGUAAAGAUACGGUUACAAUCAACGGAGUUUCCAUUACUGGUCAACAAUUGGCUGAUGUUACUCAAACAUCAGUUGAACAAGGUAUCUUGGGUAUUGGCUAUGCUAGUAAUGAAGCCGUUACUGAUCAAUACGGAAAUCCAACCAUUCAAAACUACGACAAUGUCCCAGUGACUUUGAAAAAGCAAGGCAAGAUCAAUACCAAUGCUUACUCAUUAUACUUGAACUCACCUACUGCAGAAUCAGGUACAAUCAUUUUUGGUGGUGUUGAUAAUGCCAAAUACUCGGGCAAGUUGAUUUCUGAGCAGGUUACACAGUCCAACCAAUUGACCAUUUCACUUGCAUCCAUCAAUGUGAAAGGCUCUUCGUAUUCGUUUGGACAAGAUGUAUUAUUGGACUCCGGAACUACCCUUACUUUCUUUCCCAGUGACUUUGCUGCAGAACUUGCUAAUCAAGUUGGUGCUGAGCUUAGACAAGUAGGUGAAGGUAAAACAUUAUACUUUAUCGAUUGCAACACCGAUACAUCCGGAUCAACAACCUUUAGCUUUGGAAACGGUGCAAGUAUUUCGGUUCCAAACUCAGAGUAUGUUUACCCAAACGGUGAUGGAACCUGUAUCUGGGGUAUUCAGGCAUCAAGAGAUACUAUUUUGGGUGACAACUUCUUGAGACAUGCUUACCUCCUUUACAACUUGGACGCCAACACUAUUUCCAUUGCUCAAGUCAAAUACACAUCGUCUUCGAGUAUUUCGGCAGUUUAA